AUAGGAAAAUAGUGAUUCAGGCUCUAUACUAACUAUUGAUCUUCAUUCAAUAAUGUUACUCAACUAGCGGCCUCCAUGACAUAUCGAUCAGAGUGAUCUCUAUAAUUCCGGUUGAAAUAUGAUCUGAAUUUCAAUUGUGGUCAUUUUAUAGUGUAAGUUUAUGUAACGAACGAAUCAUUCGACGUCGUCAUCAUGGAAUCCAUUUCGACAACCGAUUCGUCGACGUGCGGAGUAGAUCUGUCCGUGUCCGACUGCCAGGUCAUCGCAACGUUCGACACCGUCCUCUCUCCCAUUCUUCUCGGCCUCAUCGUCGUCGGCGUCCUAGCCAACUCUCUGAUGCUCUACGUGAUCAUCGCCCACCGUGAUAUGCAUACUUUCCCGAACCUAUUCGUAGCAAACCUCUGUACGACACACUUUAUCUAUCUCACCAUCUUGGCAAUCACCGAUGUCGUAUAUUAUCUUAAGUUAGCGAUGGGAGUUCAAACGGCCAGUCUCAUAUCAUCAUCGGCUUACCUUUAUAUUUCUUUGGUAAUCACGAACAAUACUUGUGCAAUGCUUACAGCCUUGUCGAUAGAGAGAUACAUUAAGAUUAUUGUCGACCCAAAGAAAUCCGCCAAGUUCCAGAAAACGAGGGUCGCUGUUAUAUCGUGCAUCGCCGUCUGGAUAGUUUCGCUGAUCAUCUGCGCCCCCGUCUUCUAUGGCAACUACUCUGACGCAGCGAGCGCGUACUCUGAUCCGCAGUACCGCGUCGCUGUCAUCAUCUCCUUCGUCUGCUCUUACAUCGCCCCUCUCCUCAUCAUCACCGUCAUCUACUUCCUAAUCAGGCACAAACUCCGGAAACGCAGAUUCGAGUCCAUGAAGAUCAAGGCAUCGUCGAUGGAUUCGACCACGACCUCGAAGGCCGAGGAUGACCACAACCAUGAGUUGAAAAUCUUGAAGACAAUCGUCUUCAUCGUCAUCAUCUUCACAUUCAACUUCGGAUGUCUUUACAUUACAAGUAUUGUGCUCAUGGUUCUACCUCUUGACAAGCUAACAGAGGAGAUCGCUUCCCAGGUGAGUGAGACGAUAGCUAUCAUGACAGCCAGCCUCCACCCGAUCGUUUACGGGAUGACACACCCGAGCUUCAACCCCCAUGUCAAACGACUCAUCCUCUGUCGCGAAGAAUGGUGUCUACGCUGUCGAAGAGGCGAAUGUGCCUGCAGUCGAUGUUGUCGUGGUGGUCGGCCAACAUCGCUCCGUAGCGUCAUGAGGAAAGGAAGUACGCUGGACGGUACCAUCAAUGCUAAUGACGAGUUUGUGCUCGUCGAGCGGUUCGAGGCUGAGCAAUCACGUCAGCGGCAGGAUAAUAUAUGACGUAUUUUGAAAAAAAGAUCCUGACCUACAAUGUAUGAAAAGACUUGAUACUGUUGAUAUUCUCUCUUUGAUUUUGCCUGAGUUUAAUGCGAGGGUGAUGUAGACGUUUCAGUUAAAAGAAAAGAGCCGCUGUGUUUAGGAUGGGUCAUUGUCUACGUUUUUAUAAUCCGAAAUCGCUAUGUCCAAACUUUACUAUUCUUAGCUUCUCUUUUUUGCAAACAAAACAGUGAUAUGGUCGUUAUCGUUCUAAUAAGCAGUUGAGGAUGCAGGGCCACGUCUUACAAAGAGUUGCAAUUGAUCCGAUCAAUCACAACUAUGGACGGCCAGCAACGUCAACAUCAAUUAUUUAUGUUUGUUCAAAAUAUUUUCUAACUAUGAUGUACAUUCAUGCAUUCAUUGUGUUCUUGAAAAUUUACUGUGCUUUAUCUUUGUUUAAAAAGGACAUUGUGCAAAUUUUCUGUAGAAAAAAAUAUGACACCGAUGGAUUUCCAUAGAGUUACGAUUGAUUGAAUCAAUCGUAACUCUUUGUAAGAAGGGACCCAGAAGUAUUAAGACAACCGGUGUGGAGUAUUUCAGGAAAGACGUGUGAAAGUUAGACAGUUACCAUAGUGGUUAUCGGCCAAUCAAAAUCAAGGAAAGUUACCAGACAACAAUGAUGAAUCGUUCCCCCAAGUCAGUGUUUUAGCAAAUAUGUCCAGUGGUAAUAUAGUAAUUGUUUGGAAGUAGAGUAGUUGAAACCCGGGGGGGCCACUUCCAUUGACGAGUGGAUACCAUGCGCGACCAUGGGGUCUCGAAAAGCACCCUAAACAAGUAUUUUCCAUAUUCUGAAAAUGCACCCCUUAACUAGUAUUGGAGUGUGAAAUCCUACCCUUAACAAGUAUUGGAAACAAAACGAUCCCCUUGGCAAGUAUUCCCUGAAUUGAACCCCUAAACAAGUACAGCGAUAUAUGUCAAGGACGUCGGUUUUAACCUUAGUAUACGGCCCCCACACCUAGUGCGGAUCGGACUCUUAACACGUAAGUGUUGACUGUUGGGGUAAAAAGUACAUCCUUUAUAAAACAUCUAUCUUUUUUAUACCCUCGCAAAUUCGACCCUAAACACGUAGCUUUCCUAGCGAAAUAGAUACCUUUUUUCAUUAUUUUAGUGUUUUUUACACACUUAUUACGUUACGUACGUAACGUUCCCUAUCUUGAAAAAGAAUCACUUUUACGUGUUUUUUUGGUCGCGCAUGGUAUCCACUCGUCAAUGUAAGUGCCCCCCGGGAGUUGAAAGUUCCUACAACUUUUGUAGGCCACUUUGGUUUACUCAUCUCCCAAAGAAAAUCUUCUUAGAAUAAUCCAAUUGCGAGUUAUUAGCUUA